AUGUAUAUACAUAAGAUUUUUUUGUCCAUCGCACGUUGUUGUUGAACUACAUGUACACAAUAAAAUGUAAAAUACAAUGUAAAAUCAGGAAUUACACAAGACUCAUUGUGCCAUGGCAGCCAAGGAAGAGGUAAAUAGUACAACUAUUGAUGCAAAGACUGAAGAGACGCCGGAAAACUCGACGACGGAGGACGCGCCGACCAGCCUAGAGACCAUCCCCGAGGGAAACGCAGUGCGAAAUGAACUUCAGACAGCGCCGAAGGAUAAGUCAAAGAUUGAUAUACUGCUGAAAGCCACCGCCAACGCUCCGAUCAUGAAGCAGAAGAAGUGGUCGGUCAGUCAAGACAAUCCCAUCGGGCGGAUCUCCGAAUUCAUAAAGAAGUACCUGAAGCUGGAUCCAAACGAGAGAUUGUUUCUCUAUGUCAAUCAGACGUUUGCACCCGCUCCCGAUCAGACGGUCAAGAACUUGUACGACUGCUACGGCGCCGAAGGAAAGCUGGUCAUACAUUACUGUAAAAGUCAAGCAUGGGGCUGAGGUUCGUUGAAGUUAGCUUGCCGACGUUAAUUUUUUCCGACAAAAAAUAAUAUAUAAAUAUUACAGAUUGACAGGAAACACAUUGUGAUAAUUCUAGUUUUCUAUUACGAUAUUUUAAUUUAUGCGUAUUUAUAAUAUAAUUAUAAUACCAGGUUUUUUUACUUUUUAACUCAUUGUUUUGUAGGAGUAUCUCUGCUAGAAUUACACGUUCGUGCUAUAAAGAUA